AUGGACGUGGUUCCCCAUCCACUGCCAGCCGACCAAGCUGUGCGUCAAUCUGCCAAACGCACUGUCGAGCUAUUCGGAUCCGAUUACCUAAUGGCGACGCCCUCGACACUCGGAGAUGGUUCAAUAGGUGUCUCGUAUCGACGAAAGGCCGAAUAUGAAGACGUAAAAGAGCUUCCCAAAUCGCUCGCCGAAAAACAAGCAAAAGCAACAGCUUCUCGCACAAAGCGGCCCAAAAUCUCGGGUCAGGGUCAGCAAAGUGGUAGCUCACAGGCCUUGGUUAAGACGACUCCGGCAGGACCAUCGUCCGCUGAAAAUCAAAGCAAAAGCCUUAUUGCGCGGCCCACGGCGACGCCACAGCAACGCCCUGACUGGCAUGCUCCUUGGAAGCUUAUGAGAGUUAUUUCUGGUCAUCUUGGCUGGGUACGAGCAUUGGCCGUAGAGCCUAAUAACGAAUGGUUUGCUAGUGGUGCCGGUGAUCGGACUAUCAAGAUUUGGAAUUUGGCUACUGGGUCGCUGCGUCUUACUUUGACCGGUCAUAUAUCGACAGUGCGGGGUCUUGCGGUAUCACCUCGUCACCCGUAUCUAUUCUCUUGCGGAGAGGACAAGAUGGUCAAAUGCUGGGAUCUGGAAGCGAAUAAAGUCAUUCGACACUACCAUGGCCAUCUAAGUGGUGUCUACACGCUUGCUAUACACCCAAAUUUAGAUGUGCUCGUUACAGGAGGUCGCGAUGGUGUCGCCAGAGUAUGGGAUAUGCGAACGCGCAGCAACAUCCACGUCUUAUCCGGCCAUAAGGGUACCGUCGCGGAUGUCAAGUGUCAGGAGGCCGAUCCUCAGAUCAUUACCGGUUCUCUGGAUUCAACCGUUCGUCUAUGGGAUCUCGCGGCAGGCAAGACUAUGGGGGUAUUGACACACCACAAGAAAGGUGUGCGAAGCCUUGCCAUACAUCCCAAGGAGUUUACAUUCGCAAGUGCUAGCACGGGCAGCAUCAAACAAUGGAAAUGUCCCGAAGGCGCGUUCAUGCAGAAUUUCGAAGGCCAGAAUUCAGUCAUCAAUUCUAUCGCAGUAAAUGAAGAUAAUGUUCUUUUCUCCGGCGGCGACAAUGGAUCCAUGUCCUUCUGGGACUGGAAGACGGGUCAUCGAUUCCAAUCCCUCGAUACCACAGCUCAGCCGGGUUCCCUGGAUGCCGAAGCUGGCAUCAUGUCAUCCACAUUCGACCGUACAGGUCUCCGAUUGAUUGUUGGUGAAGCUGAUAAGACGAUUAAGAUCUGGAAACCGGACGAUGAAGCUACACCAGAAUCCCAUCCUUUGGACUGGAAACCGACUCUGGGAAGACAAAAGUAUUAA